AUGUCGCCGGAAUCUGACAGUGCGUCUCAUGAAAAACGCCGCCACUCGGCGUCUGACAAUGACCAUGAGAUCAGCCAAGACGAGAGAGAAGAUGUCGUAGAGGUGAGUCGCUUCGGGUGCAUUUCCUCGAAAUCUUAUUAUUUGGAUACCGAGCUUAUAGGAACCACACAUCAGGAUGAGAUCUGCAAAGUAGAAACAAGGACAAGCCAGCACAGCAAGCGCAGCGGAAUCUCCCGCACUCUCAGCAGGGUAAGCGGCGUGAAAGAAGAUGUCGAGCCUACCGUUAUCCCGCUGUCCGACCUCGAUCAUGGCAUCGUUGGCUGGGACGGACCCGACGACCCGGCCAUGCCCUUAAACUUCGAUAAGCGCCAGAAAUGGAUCGUCGUGACUUGUCUGGGCCUCAUAACGCUUUUCUCGCCGCUCUCAUCGUCCAUUCUGGCCCCCGCUAUUAAUGCCGUGGCCGAAGAGUUCGGCACCACGGAUACCACGAAGGCGUCGUUUCCCGUCAGUAUCUUUCUGCUGGGCUACGCCGUCGGCCCCCUUUUCCUGUCUCCGCUGUCGGAGGUCUACGGACGCGCCCUUGUCCUGUCGAGCGCGAACGCUUUCUUCUGUAUUUGGCAUAUCGGCUGUGCGCUGGCUCCUAGUCUUGACGCCCUUAUUGUCUUCCGGUUCCUCUGUGGUGUUGGAGGCGCCGGUUGUAUGACACUCGGCGGUGCAGUCAUAGGAGAUCUCUUUCCUGUCGUUGAGCGUGGCAAAGCGUUGUCCGUGUGGAGUAUUGGACCAAUCGUGGGACCAACUCUGGGUCCAUUAAUAGGGGCUUUCAUUGUUGGCUCAAUUGGUUGGCGAUGGGAUCCCUGGAUCGUCUUCAUUCCAUCGACUCUUGUUACUGCUGCCCUGGCGUUUUACCUUCCGGAGACCUGUCACAAGGUUCUCAUCGAUCGUAAAGUUCAGCGGUUGAGUAAGGAGUUGGAGAGAGAUGAUUUGGUUAACUGCUAUGAUGCAGCCGGGACAACGAGGGUAUCGCAAUCGAAACUCGUACUACUUGGACUUGUACGACCCUUGAAGAUGCUUGUAUUAGCGCCCAUUAUUUUUCUGAUGUCAGUCAACGUGGCGUUCCUUUACGGUACGAUGUAUCUGAUGUUCAACACAAUCCCACCGACAUUUGAAGAUCAAUAUGGUUUCCCGACGAGCCUCACUGGUCUCGUCUACUUGGCCAUAGGACUCGGCUACCUUAUUGGCCUAUGGAGCUUCUCUGCUCUAUCAGACCGGACAGUUCUACACCUAAUCAAAAAGAACAAUGGCGUCUUUGAGCCCGAGAUGCGGCUACAUCUUCUCCUAUACUACGCCUGCGCAGCCCCAACUACCUUCUUUUGGUACGGCUGGACAACUUACUACAAGGUGCACUGGAUCGCGCCCAUCCUAAGCUUGAUUCCUUUCGGCAUCGCCAUUCUAGGAUUGUAUUUGCCCAGCCAAGCGUAUAUCAUCGAUGCCUAUCCACUGUACUCAGCCUCGGGGCUCGCCGCCUUCACUGUCUUACGAAGCAUCGCGGCCGCAUUCCUCCCGCUCGCUGGCCCGUCUCUUUUCGCGUCCCUGGGACUCGGCUGGGGGUGCUCGUUGCUGGGAUUCAUUACGGUCGGAAUCAUCCCUAUUCCUAUUUUUGUGCUUGUCUUUGGGACAAAGAUGAGAAAGAAGCAUCCAGUUAAGCUGUGA